GUGAAACUUUUUAUAACUUAGUAUGUACUCCUUCAUCUUACUUUCUGUGUGCAGAUACUGGCGAUACAAUGAGGAGACCCGCACUACAGACCGUGACUUCCCAAAACCGAUAGAAAGAUGGGGCAAAAUCCCUCAUUCACCCAAAGGAGCCUUCCUCAGCGAUGACAGCGCUCACACCUAUUUCUACAAAGGCUCCAACUACUGGAGGUUUGACAAUCGCAAGUCAGAACCAGAGAAAGGCUACCCUCGCUCCAUCCUGAAGGAUUUCAUGGGCUGUGUGGGGGCCCCUGACCCAAAGCCCGACACGGACACAGAGCAGGAACCAAAACGCAAACCAGUGGAUCCUUCAGAUCGAGGCAGAGAUGAGCACAAAGAGCCGGACAGCGGCAAAGACAAAGACUCUCAGCCUGACAACACAGAGGAGGAGGACAAAGAGCUCAACGUGGUUGUGACGGAGGCCGACAAUGAAUCAAAGGUCAUGACCCUGAUCAUGGUGAUUGUUCCUCUGCUCCUCAUCCUGUGCAUCCUCGUCCUAAUCUACGGCAUCCUCAGGACUCUACAGAAGAAGGAAACGCCGAGGGCCUUGGUGCACUGCAAGCGUUCGUUGCAGAACUGGGUGUGAGGCACAGACUUUGAAGCGAGAGAGCCAGAUUUCAUCACUUUUCUUCUACGGCCGUUGGCGUCAGAGUUUGUACUUACGUCAGAGUGGAAAGCAGCUUUGACGCAAGUUUACGAAAGCCACAGAUGAGUCACCGCUUUGGUCCCCAUUCAUGUGAAAUAAUGCAAACUUGGUCAAAUCAUUGCCAGUGGACCUACAGUGUUUCUCCUGUGCCUCCCUUUGUGCCUUCUAAACAUCUGAUAAAUAACCUCUUUUUCUUAAAGGAAAAAACUAUAUGUUCCUAUCCCAGCGUUCAAAAACAAGUUUCUGGCACCGAAUGUCAGAUGACACACUUUUUUUAACCAAUUCUUAUUGUACAGAGAAGGGAGUAAAGAUCUUUUGUAGUAUACAUGCAGACAAAGUCGAUAAUGCACAUACAGUACACAUAUUUUACAUACACACAUGAGUGCUUAUAGCUAUACACAUACAUGCAUUAAUGUUGAACAAGACUUUCAUUAGCUUGACUACGGUGCCUCCACCAAUCUUUUUUCUUUGUUUAGAGCAGAUCAUUUGCACUUUUACAUUUGUUACAUAUUGUUGUCUUUUCUGUUUUGCUAAGAUUGCUCCACAGAUGUGUGUGUUUGUGUGUUCGUGUAGUAAUGUCAGACAGCUGUGUGUGUCCAUUUUCCACUGAGCCCUCUCUCACACACACAUGCACCAACGUCACAUGAUCUCCAAAAAACCCUAACGGCACUCAUUGGUGCAUGCAUGUCCAGAUAAGCACACACACAUUGACAUAGAGACUACUUACCCAAACAAAGGCACAUAUAGUUUUUUUUGCACACAGACACCAGGGCUCCAGCCUCCCCUCCUCCCACCACAGCCACGAUAACUGUUUCGACUACACCAGUAAAACACAAUCCCCAGUGGAGACAUAUUGAUAUACGACUGGUGCCAGGCCUUGGAUGAAAUGCAAGAGGAGGAGGGAUUUAUUCACAGUUAACAAGAAGAAUUGAAAAGUGUGUUUUUUACACAUCCUCUCCAACUAGGCUUGACCUGUGAAGAGUAAAACAAUAGCAGAAGUGUCCAUCCUUUGUAUCUUCUCUUCUUCUUCAUCAUUUCAUGCUAAAACUAAAUAGAUUUAAGUGUACACAGAAGAAGCCUGCAGGCUAGAGAGGAAUGGGUCAGGGUCUGGUUUCCAUUAAGCCCACAUGCCGCUGAUUUGUAUCAGGCAUGAGGAGGGAGAGAGGGGAGUUGGGGAAAAUGCAGAAAGAAGGAGGUAUAAAAAAUAGAAGUGACGAGUAAAAGGAAAUGAAAGAGAAUGAAAUGCGAGGGAAGGAAAGAUUGAAGUGGGAGGGGGGGGGUCUACCAGAGUUUCCUUGCCAGUUUUGCUCUGGGAAAGGAGGAGCGAGGGAAAGAGGGAGGAAGGAUUUCGGGGAGGGGCAGCGCUGGCGUUGUGCCUCCUGACCUAGGUCCUUUUCUAGUCCUUUUGCUCUUCUUAUUGUCCUGAGCUAGAGAGGACCCCCCACCCCCUCCGUCCUCAUCUAUCAUUCUUUCCUCUCUUAUGUUUCUUUUAAGUCUUUGUUUUUCUCUGUUUGAUUUGUUUUAUUCCUGUGCCUCCAAGAUGUAUUCAUUUUCUUCUGCACUCUUCUGGAAAGUUAGCUCAAGCAUUUAAAGGUACCUAAUGCACAUAAACAACUGCAGAAAGUGAGUCUACCACUAUCUGUCUUUGUAUACCUUGCUUUUCUAUGUGUAAAGCCACUAUUUAGUUAGUUAGUAAAAUCAUUAAUCUUUUUCAUUAGGUUUUGUGCCUUUUACAGUGUGUCUAUAUUUAGUUUGUACCUGUUAUUUCUUUGUGCCUUUUUCAGUGAAUAUUUGGGGACCUUUUUUUUACUAUACAUAGCAUGAGGGAACGUUUUUAGAAUUGUUUUUUGUUCGUUUUUUACUCUACUUAACAUUUGUAGUUUUGUAUAUUUUUGUUUCAGGUUUUCUGUAAGAUCAGCAAUAGUUUAUUACAAAAAUGUUGAUGCAUGCGGGGCAUGUUCCGUAAGGCCUGUGCACUCCUGUGUAGAGUAUGUUAAAGAUUUCACAAUAAAACAAAGCAACACACUGUUA